AUGAACAAGUUUGCCGCCGUCCUGGUGCUGGCCAGCAUCUGCCUGGCUGGUGUGUCCGCCCAGUGCCCACGCAUCGUGACCCGCGCUCAGUGGGGAGCUCGUGCCGCCAGUACGUCUCAGCUGCCGAUCCGUCCAGCCCCGUGGGUCGUGAUGCAUCACACCGCCGGUGCUCAUUGCACCACGGAUGCGGCUUGUGCCCAGCAGAUGCGCAACAUCCAGUCUUUCCACAUGGACGGUAAUGGUUGGGCCGACAUCGGUUACAAUUUCCUGGUUGGUGAGAACGGUGCUGCUUACGAGGGCCGCGGUUGGGGCCGUCAGGGAGCCCACGCUCCAGGAUACAACGAUCGCUCGGUCGGCAUGGGUGUGAUGGGAACCUUCACGAAUGGUAUUCCGAAUGCGGCCGCUCGUAAUGCCGCCCAGCAGCUGAUCUCUUGCGGUGUUUCGCUUGGACACAUCGCUUCCAACUACUGGCUGAUUGGACACCGACAGGCCGUGGCCACUGCCUGCCCUGGAAACGCGUUCUUCAACGAGAUCCGCAACUGGCCGCGCUUCAACCCGAACGUCUAA